CCAAGACGAGAUCCCCACAGCCAUUCUGCCCGCCAUGGCCGACCAACACCCAGCCUACCACCCUCGGGAUGCCCUCCACAACACCGGUAGCGUCAUGUUCCAGACGACCAUCGUCGGCGCCGUCGUCGCCGGUGUGCAGAACACACUCCGCAAGCAGAACGUCGGAGCCAUGGGCAUUCUCACACGGUCGGGAGGCGUAAUCGCUCUUUUUGCUGGUGCUGGAGGCGCAUACCAGUUCACACUCGACGCGACUGCGAAUAUGCAACAAAAGGACGACUGCUACAACGAGUUCUAUGCUGGCUUCGCUGCUGGUGCAGUCGCUGGAAUCAUGAGGCGCAGUCUGCCCUUCAUGCUCGGUGCUGGUGCUGUGUUUGGAACCGGCAUGACAGCUUACAGAUACACCGCUGGUAUGCGUGGCACAGUGUCUGGUGAGGUAGACGACGAGGAGGUCGAGCGAAGGGAGGCCAUGAAGAAGCUUCGCCGACGACCAUUGUCGGAGACUAUUGAGCAAUUGGGCGAGGGACGCGGUAUCUACGCCCCCGGAUACGAGGAGAGGAGGCGACAGAGGAUCCUGGAGAAGUAUGGCAUCGAUGUAAAGGCGGCGCAGGCCUAGACGCAACACGCGAUUUCCUUGGAGUUUACACCCGAAGCAGACAUCGAAUCACAAGAGUCGAGCACUUCGCAACACUUGUACAUACCACUUGUCCCAAAUCCGAAAAUGACCAACAUGAACAAGUUCAAGCACGCAUUGCCGCCGUCUCUGCAUCUUUAAUACAUUAGCCUUUGUAGCUGCGGCUAGCUCCUGUCAAGGUUUAGUCAUCAUGAACCUCAAC